ACGAAAAAUACAGAGAAAUUUACGGAUAUUCCAUGAUUAAUCAUGCGCACAUUCAUAAUCAAUACCUAAAUCAAAAUCAAUCUUUUAAACUUUGACCCAGAAAACAAAAUCUUGGGUGUGGUUGAAACAGGACAAAGUUCCCAAGUUUUGACCCCAGAAGAAAAAUUAUUGGUGGGGGUUAGGAAGGUUGGGGUUGGUAAGUGAACAAGUUUUGUGGGGAAGUUAAAAAAAUCCAGAAAUUAUGGCUGAUUUACUCCAAAACCCAGUUCUUGGAACUGACGAUAUAAAACCAGAAUUGGAAGGUAGAAGAUUGGAGGGUACAUCAGCAACACCCAAAACAGAGGAGAGAGAAAAAGAAAUGGCUCCUCCGGUUGCCGGAAAUUCAAUUCACCGGUCAGGUUCACGGCCGCAACUCGAUGUCAGUGGUGCUGCUAUUCAGGGCAAUUUUGAGGAGAGAGACCCUACCAUCUUGCUCCCUAAUCAGUCUGAUGAUAUAUCUCAUUUGGCUUUGGACAUUGGAGGGUCCCUUAUCAAGCUUGUAUAUUUUUCAAGACAUGAGGAUAAAUCAGCUGAAGAUAAGCGUAAGAGGUCAAUGAAGCAGAUAUUUGGAAUUUCUAACGGUAAUAGGAGAAGUUAUCCUAUACUUGGUGGCAGACUUCAUUUUGUAAAGUUUGAGACUGCCAAAAUAAAUGAGUGUUUGGACUUCAUCAAGUCAAAGCAGCUUCACCGUGGAGGGAUGGUUGCUCGUUGUUGGCCUACUGAUGCCUUGUCGAAUGAAAAUGUUGUAGUCAAGGCCACAGGAGGUGGAGCAUACAAAUUUACGGAUCUGUUUAAAGAAAGACUUGGUGUUAGUCUUGACAAGGAGGAUGAAAUGGAUUGUCUUGUAGCUGGAGCAAAUUUUUUAAUGAAGACAAUUCGUCAUGAGGCCUUCACGCAUAUGGAGGGCCAGAAAGAGUUUGUGCAGAUAGAUCAAAAUGAAUUGUACCCUUACCUUCUUGUAAACGUUGGAUCUGGUGUUAGUAUGAUAAAGGUGGAUGGUGAAGGGAAGUUUGAACGUGUAAGUGGUACAAAUGUUGGAGGUGGUACAUACUGGGGUUUAGGGAAGCUGUUGACCAAGUGCAAGACUUUCGAUGAGCUUCUGGAGUUGAGUCAACGCGGAGAUAAUAGAACCAUAGACAUGCUUGUUGGAGAUAUUUAUGGUGGUAUGGAUUAUUCCAAGAUUGGUCUAUCUGCGUCAACCAUUGCUUCUAGUUUUGGCAAGACCAUUUCUGAAAAUAAGGAGCUUGAAGACUAUAGACCUGAAGAUAUUUCUCUUUCACUCUUGCGAAUGAUUUCAUAUAAUAUUGGGCAGAUAGCUUACUUGAACGCUCUUCGCUUCGGCCUCAAACGCAUAUUCUUUGGAGGGUUUUUCAUCAGAGGCCAUGCAUACACAAUGGAUACUAUCUCCUUUGCUGUUCAGUUCUGGUCAAAAGGUGAUGCAAAAGCGAUGUUCUUGAGGCACGAAGGAUUCCUUGGAGCUUUGGGUGCAUUUAUGAGUUAUGAAAAACACGGUCUUGAUGAUGUGAUGGUUCAUCAGCUGGUGGAACGGUUUCCAAUGGGUGCACCAUAUGUUGGGGGAAAGAUUCAUGGCCCACCUUUGGGAGAUCUAAAUGAAAAGAUAUCAUGGAUGGAAAAAUUUGUACAGAAAGGAACUGAAAUAAUUGCUCCUGUUCCGAUGACUCCUCCAGGAACAACUGGACUUGGGGGCUUUGAGGUUCCUUUAUCAAGGGGAGAUACUCUGCGUUCUGAUGCAAGUAGCUUGAAUGUUGGAGUUCUGCACCUUGUUCCUACUCUGGAAGUGUUUCCUUUGUUGGCAGACUCAAAAGUGUAUGAACCCAACACCAUAGAUCUCUCGGACCAUGGUGAGCUAGAGUAUUGGCUUACAGUGCUCUCUGAGCAUUUACCAGAUCUUGUUGACAAGGCUGUCGCAAGUGAAGGGGGAACUGAUGAUGCUAAAAGAAGGGGAGAUGCAUUUGCUCGUGCAUUUUCUGCCCACUUGGCCAGGUUGAUGGAAGAGCCUGCUGCAUAUGGGAAGCUAGGACUGGCCAACCUUCUGGAACUGAGGGAAGAGUGCUUGAGGGAAUUCCAGUUUACUGAUGCGUAUAGAAGCAUAAAGCAAAGGGAAAAUGAAGCUUCCCUUGCUGUUUUACCAGACCUUCUAAUGGAGCUUGACGGCAUGUCUGAGGAGGAUAGACUGUUUACCUUGAUCGAGGGUGUCCUUGCAGCAAACAUUUUUGAUUGGGGAUCUCGUGCAUGUGUUGAUCUGUAUCACAAAGGGACCAUAAUUGAGAUCUAUAGAAUGAGCCGCAAAAAGAUGCGAAGACCAUGGCGGGUGGAUGAUUUUGAUAUGUUCAAGGAAAGAAUGCUUGGAUCAAGUGGCAAAAGGCCACCACCUCACAAACGAGCAUUGCUUUUUGUGGAUAAUUCUGGUGCUGAUGUUGUCUUGGGGAUGCUUCCCCUUGCCAGAGAGCUUCUUCGACGCGGAACUGAAGUGGUUUUGGUUGCAAACUCGCUCCCUGCUCUUAAUGAUGUGACUGCCAUGGAGCUUCCGGACAUUGUUGCAGAGGCAGCAAAGAAUUGUGAUAUUCUCCGAAGAGCCGCUGAAGCUGGUGGGCUUCUUGUGGAUGCAAUGAUAAACAUCCAAGACGGUUCUAAAGAAGAUCUGCCUUCAGUGCCCCUUAUGGUUGUUGAAAAUGGAUGUGGAAGUCCAUGCAUCGACUUACGACAAGUGAGCUCUGAGGUUGCUGCAGCUGCCAAAGAUGCUGAUUUGAUCAUUUUGGAAGGCAUGGGCAGAGCUAUCCACACCAAUUUCAAUGCUAAGUUCGAAUGCGAUGCUCUGAAGCUUGCAAUGGUGAAGAACCAGAGAUUGGCCGAGAAAUUACUCAAGGGGAACAUUUAUGACUGUGUCUGCAGAUUUGAACCAGCAAAUUGAAAGGAAACUUCUGCUUUCUAAAGAUUACAUCUUUUUAUGUUGAUAUUUUCACUGAAUAGAUCUUUAAUUCUGUUAUUUUGUCGCAUGUGAAAAGGGAUGGUAAUUUUGUUGCCAGUCACCUUGCUAAGCUGAACAAGUUUGGGAGAAUCAUUGUCCUACAAAGCAUAAGCCUGGCGGGAAUAAUUUUAUAUGGCAUUUAGAUGUAGAACAAUAGAUGUAUUUUCUUUUUAUUUUGGAAAUUACUAUAUAGAUGUACUUGUAUAUAUUUUGAUGGAUGUAAAUUCGAUAUUGCUUAUACCGUUAUACGUAGUACAUAAUAAUAAGAGGGACUUGAUUUUUGGACGCGCUA